AUGGGGGAACCCAAGUUGGAGAUUGCCAAACAUAUCAAGUAUUGGCAAAGGUGUUUAAAUUCUCUAUUACCCACUGUCUACACCAGCACCGAUUCCUCGCGCUUGACUCUUGGCUUCUUCAUCCUUUCUGCUCUCGACUUGCUUAAUGUUGGCGCAUCUACAUUUCCAGAUUCGCGACGCAAAUCUAUCCGAGCUUGGAUUCUGAAGUGUCAGCAUCCGUUUGGGGGCUUCUGCGGUUCUACUAAUCAUAGGUUUCCUGAUGUUUAUUAUGCAGAUGUAGGGCAUGGAAAAAGGGACAUUGAUCCCGCGAAUUUACCUGCGACUUUUUUCGCGAUUUUGAGUUUAGCUUUUGUGGGUGGAUUGGCGGAUGUGAAACGGAAAGAUUGUUUGCAAUGGUUGAAAAGUCUGCAAAGGGAGGAUGGUAGUUUUGGAGAAUUUGUGACGGAAGAUGGGAAAAUACAAGGUGGGAGAGAUAUGAGAUACUGCUAUGUGGCUACAGCGAUUCGAUGGAUGUUGACUGGGGAUGCGCAUGAGGAGAGGGGAGAGGAGGAUAUUGAUGUGGAGAAACUGGUGGGGCAUCUAAGAGCCGGACAGACAUAUGAUGGGGGAAUCUCAGAGAGUGCUCAGCAUGAGGCACAUGCUGGAUAUACCUAUUGUGCCAUUGCGUCCUUAUCUCUUCUCGACCGCUUGCCGAAACACCCCUCUUCACAACCUGCCGAAUCAUCAACUUCUGACCCCACUUUGGCUGGUCUCACAAAUCUACCGGAAACUAUCAGAUGGCUAGCAUUGAGGCAGACAUCGUACAAUGAAGAAGAGGAAAGGCAAGGAGACGAAAAUGACCAUAUGGAAGCGGAAUUAGACCAUCGUUUCGUACCCGACGUCGAUUCUACGUUCGUUGGCUUUAAUGGGCGAUGUAAUAAGCGGGUUGAUACGUGUUACUGUUUCUGGGUUGGAGCUUCUUUGAACAUGCUCGGUCAUCCCGAAAUUAUCAACAAAGCUGGAUCUCGACGAUUUCUAUUUGAGAAAACACAGCAUAUGAUUGGGGGCUUCGGGAAAGCGCCUAGAGACCCACCAGAUAUCUAUCACUCGUAUCUAGGUCUUGCUGCUCUAGCAGUGCUGAAGGAGCCUGGGAUUAAAGAACUCGACUCCGCAUUGUGCAUCAGUGUGGAUGCUAAAAAGAACAUAGAGGAAUUAAGAACAGCUGCAUUAGUUCGUAAUAGGACAUAUUGGGUGCAUGGAUACAGUUUCUCAAUCAGGGAAGAUAGUCCCGAAUUUGGAGAGAAGAUGGCGAUGAACGAAGGUCCGCCCAAAAGUCUAAUCGAUGCUUUCGAAGGAGUUCAGAUAGCGCUAUAA